GCGAGAGCUCUCCGUCUGACCACACGCUCCAAUGGAUCCCGACAGAAAAUCCACCGUCUCUUCGUUCUAUGGUCACAAAGGGUCGGCAGAUCCGUUGAAUGUCGACUAUCCGUCACCUACAGGCAACAAUUAUGGCUCACAGAGGACUCCCCGAGAUGAUGCUUCUUUUUUCAAUCCAGACCGUGGGUCACGGCAUCUAGAUAACUACGGAAGUGCUGGAUAUAAUCGCAACUCCUUUUUCUUUGCUGGAAGGGAGGAGCCAUUGAAGGGUGGCCAGGAUGAAGAGCAGGGCAACGAGGGCUUUGACAUCUAUGCCGACUUCAACAAUGCAGGACCCAGGUAUAGCUCUGCGUUGGUCGGAAAUAAUGACGGAUACCAACCUCUACCGCCAUCGACACCAAAGCAGAAGGAAGAUAGUCGAAGUACGAUAGGCCCUGUUGAGCUGGUGACGGUACCUGCACUAGGACCUGAAUGGGGGCGUUCAGAACUGCGAGACAUGACCAAAGCUGGCCAGCGGGAAAAGAGGCAAGAGAGUCGUCAGGGAAAGUGGGUCGCAUGGAAGCGAGGCGAACGUGGGGUGUGUGGCAAGUGGUUCACCAGGCGAAUGACUGUAUUUGUCUUCUUUGGUGCCGCAAUCGUCGUCGGUAUACUCUUGGCUAUCAUGAUACCGCGGGUGCCGAGUGUUUCGAUUAACAGCGACAACCCUCUUGCCAAUGCUACCGGUGACUGGAAAAAUGCUGUACCUACCUACUUCAAUCGGUCGCCAGCCAACUUCUCCUUCCCCGCAUUCGCUGAUCUACAGCUCAACACCGGCAGCAAUAUUCUGCCUCUAACCUUCAAUAACAUCAAGGCCUACGUCUAUGACCUAGAUACAAGCAGGGAAAUCGCGACAGGCAGCACGGGCCAUAAGACUGUACCUGCGAAGGCCUUCCCGGAAUUUCUUCUCCCCUUGAAUUUCUCCUACGUUGCCUCGAACGAUUCGGAUGCAACUUGGGUCAACUGGUACGACGGUUGCAGGAACGUUGCUGCUACGCAAUCUGGCGUUCGUGACUCGGUCAAAUUCAAGCUGAUUUUAGAAAUGGAUAUCGCAGGUCUCAUCGGAUCGCGCUCAACGUCAACUCAAGUUACGACUGCCAAUUGUCCGAUUGAGCUAUCCAUAAAUGCUGCCUGAACGCCUUUCCGAAAAUUUGUCCGCUACAUGGAUAUACUGGAUAUACUGCCUGACCUCUCACGUAGCCUACACCUUCAUGCCGGAUCUUGGACCUCCAUGUUUCGGACAUAAUACCAUCUAACCUUUCACGAGUAAUUUUCCGAAGUAUAUCAUGACUGUCAUUACUGCUUUUCGAGUUUAUCGUGUUCCUCAGUUUAUUGUUUUUACCCUCAUACUAGCACAGAUCAUCUGUACAAUAUCGUCCGGGCAUUAUGGACAGAGUAUUUAUCAUAAUAGCAUGCACUCU